UUUAUGAGAUGGGACCCAAACGACUAUGGAGGUCUUGAGGCAACUCGUGAUCGCAAGUGACAGUGUAUGGACACCGAAUUUGGUUUUAGUAAACAACGUUAAUAAACUUGAGAAGAUAGGCGAUGAUUGGCAGCUGAUCCGCGCUUUACCGAACGGUGAAACAUUUUAUUAUCCUGGUGACGUUUUCUCUGCUUCGUGUCGGGUGGAUGUGACCUUUUACCCAUGGGACAGACAUAAAUGUAGCUUUAGCUUUGCUCCCUGGGGCCAAGUUAACACGGAACUAGUUUUAGGUCCAACAGACGACAAAGUGCUUACAUCAUACUUUUCAGAAAACGGGGCAUGGGCGUUUUAUCAUUCUGGUGUUGAAACAAGUUAUGGAGGCCAUUCAAUUGAUUUUGUUUUAUAUCUUAAAAGAAAACCUAUGUAUGUUUUUGUUAAUGUAAUUCUCCCAAUUAUUUUCAUGGCGUUUUUGAAUACAAUGAUUUUCGCUAUUCCAGUAGAAAGUGGUGAACGAAUAUCUUAUAGCAUUACAGUCCUUUUGGCUAUUGCCGUUUUCCUGACGCUCGUCGGAGAUAACCUUCCAAAAACGUCGAGUCCAAUGUCAUUUUUCGGUUACUAUUUACUAGCAGUUCUGAUAAUAAGCAUAGGAAUAACUAUUGUUACGAUUCUUAAUGUGCAUCUGUAUUACAAAGAUGAAAACGAUCCUGUUCCUGAAUGGAUUGCCGGUUUCACAAAACUCUUGCAAUGCAAGUGUAGAAACAAAACUCACAAACGUAAACAUUCGACAACAAAAUCCAAAACAGGAACCAAGAGAGCAAAACCGUAUGCAAACCAUAUUGCAAAUGUUGAAAAUUACACUAAUAACAUAGGUGUAAUAACUGAAUCUUAUUAUCAAAUACAUAGGGGAACGGUUUACCGUCCUAUGAUAAAUGGUAGAUUACCUUUUCAGAGAAGGUCAAUGACCAACACUGUUGAAAGCAAUAACUCAGUAGAAGAACAGAAAUAUGAAGGUACACAAAAUGACAAAACUAUGUCAUGGAAAGAUGUCAGUUCAGCUCUUGAUAACUUUUUCUUUUUGGUGUCAUUUGUUGUUAUUGCUGUAGCAACUGUUUCAUUUUUUGCAUAUAUAUCCGGUACUAACAAGGAUAACAAGGAAUAA